GUUCAAAAAGUAAGUUACCUCGAGAUUGAUCAAACAGAAUUAAAAAAACAAAGAUUCUUUGCAAAUUGAAAAUCAUGUCAAUUUUGAAAAGUUUUCAACAAAUUUUUCAAGUAAAAAAUGUACAGCAUUCAUUUUAUCGGUGUAAUUCGAGGAUGAUGAUGAUGAAAACAAAUGGCCCGGUUCAAAAUCGUAUCGAAACGAAAUUAAAAUCCAAAUUGGAUCCAUCAAAUUUAAUUGUACAAAAUGAAAGUUCCCAGCAUAAUGUACCACGGAAUUCUGAAACACAUUUUCGUGUUUUAAUUGUUUCGAAAAAAUUUGAUGGAUUAAAUGCAUUGCAGAGACAUCGAAAAGUUGUUGAUGUUUUACGUGAAGAAUUCCCCCAAAUACAUGCAUUAGCUAUCGAAGCAUAUACACCAAUACAAUGGGAAAUGGAUUUAAAUGGAAAAUCUGAUUGUCGUUCACCAAAAUGUUUAGGUGGAUCAAAGACGAAGAAAUGAUAAUUUUAUUGAGUUUUCUUUUGUUUUUUUUGUG